AUGUCUGCAAAACUUCUGUAUAACUUGUCAGAUGAGAACCCAAAUCUGAAUAAACAGUUUGGAUGCAUGAAUGGGAUCUUUCAAGUGUUUUACCGGCAACAUUAUCCGGCGAGACCAGUCUCCGGCGAUGUAGACAAGUCUUUGCCACCAGGUGAAAGAAGAGAUCUUGUCGGUGAAGUUAACAUGGAAAGUGAUAAAGAAACGGAGAGAAGUAGAAAGAAGAAGAAGAAGAAGAAGAAGUCAGCAGGAAAGGAGAAGCAUAGAGUCUCUUCUGAAUCCUCUUCAAGGCCUUCGUUUUCUUCUUCUCCACGCUCCUCUAGCUUCUCCUCUGCAGAAGUCAGCACCACAGCUUCUCAAUUUGACCAGCCUGGUGAGAAUCUGAUCAGAGAACAGCCAAAUGGUGGAGUGGCGACGCCGCCGUCGUAUGACCUAAAGGAGCUUGUGAAAGGCUCUAUUAACAGAGAAAUGAGAAGCACAGCCUUCACUCAGCAGCAGCAGCAGCCGAAUUCAGCUAAAAGCAGCAUGUUGCUCCUCAAAGAAUCAUCACUGCGUUCGCCAUCUCGGAGUUCUAAUGAGUGGAGUGAAGGAAAAGCAAUGAAGUUUAAGGAAAGCCAUCGGCUUUCUUACGAUGAGAGGGAGUUGAGAAACAAGACAGGCUUAAAGUUGAAAGAGACACCGAGGUUGUCCUUGGACAGUAGAUCCAAUUCCUUUAGGAGUCCAAAAGCUGAUGCGGCGAGAUCAAGCUGUUCACCAGAGGAACGAGCAACAAUGAUGAGUCAUAGAAGAUCGAGUUCAAGUGUUGUUGCCAAACUGAUGGGUCUUGAAGUCACUGCGGAUAAUUUUGACAACACCGAGCAGAGGAAAGAGAACCGCUUUUGCGACUCCCCAAGGCCAAUUCCAACAGCUCUACAGAGAUCUAGAAGCGUUGACUCGACCAAGAAGAUACCAAUGGAGGCAGCUCCAUGGAAGCAAAUGAAAGCAGGUGACUCUGCACUGUCUGUUUACGGCGAAAUUCAGAAGCGGCUUACGCAGUUGGAGUUCAAAAAGUCGGGAAAAGAUCUCAGAGCUCUUAAGCAAAUACUUGAGGCAAUGGAGAAGACGCAGCAGCUGGUGGAUGGAAGCAGAAAUGACAGAACUUUUCUUCAGCCAGUUGCGUCUGCAACAAAUUCAACCAUGAACUUCAAAUCGUCAUCAUCGGUCGUUGUUACGAAACCAAAACCGGCGGGUCCAGUUUCCACCUCCUCGCAGCCACAGAACGUCAAGCUCGGCAGCUCUAGACAAACCCGGAAAAUCACCUCCGGGAAGCAGAACGCGAUGGAUUUAACCCCAAGGCCAGGCCUUUACGCGGGUCCAAAACCGUUAAGGUCGAGGCAAGCUCUGGCUGCAGAUUCUUGUUCCGUGAACAACAAGCCAGUUAGGAGCCUACAGCAGAGUGUCAGUCCAAGAACGCAACCCAAAAAGCUCGGUUUGGAGAGGCAGUCUCGACCCACAAGUCCAAAGCCAGAGCUAAGCAAGAACCAGAGGCAGCAAACAGAGUCAGCCUCUCCGAGGAGAAAACAGGGGAUGAAACCUCGCGGUACUCUUCAGCAACCUGAUGACCGGUUGAGCGAUGCAAGCAGUGACUUGAAAAGUCUAAGAUCUGAUAGCAACAUAAGCUUGGGAUCCAAUGUUGACUUCGAGGUUACAAGCAGACAGAGGAUCUGUGACUUCCCAGAGCUGCACACCCCAAAACAAAGGAGUCCAGACUUUGGAGUUAAACAAGAGAGACCAUCUCUAAGACCUCUGAAAGUUACCGUGGAACAACCGAGCCCCGUUUCAGUUCUUGAUGCAGCUUUUGACGAUGAGGAUUCACCGUCCCCUGUCAGGAAGAUUUCCCUUAGCUUUAAAGAGGACGAUGCUUUACGUUCUGAAGAGUCUGAGUGGAUAAACAAGCCUAGUGGCGUCUGCAGAUCCAUACUAUUGCCUGAGAAUAACCGGGAAGGCUCUGAUCUCCUCGAAUGCUUCCCUGAAGAAUGUGCAGACGACCACAAGUACAUCUCGCAGAUAUUGUUGGCAUCAGGGAUUCUUAGAGAUCUUGAAUACAACAUGAUAAGCAUUCAGCUGAACCAAGCACGUCUUCCCAUCAAUCCUGGACUGUUCUUCGUCCUGGAACAGAACAAGGCCAGCAAUACGACUCUACUGGCCAACAACAAACACAGAGGCAGAGGACUCAGACAACAGCAGACAAACCCAACAGAGAUAAUGAGGAGAAAACUCGUCUUCGACACCGUUAACGAGAUUCUAGCAAAGAGUUUCGCUGCAGAAGGCUGUACCAAACCACGUUUAACGGCAAACCUACUCAAAACAAUGGAGAAAAGGUCAAAGGGGGAGCAACUUCUGCAAACUCUGUGUUCGGAAAUUGAUAGGUUUCAAGAGAACAAGUCAAAGUGUAUCCUGGAGGACGACGAGGAGGACAUCAUAUGGGAGGACCUGCAAUGUCGAGGCAUGAACAUGAAGGAGUUUGAAGGAGAGACUCCAGGGAUAGUAUUAGAUAUUGAGAGAAUGAUAUUCAGAGACUUAGUUAAUGAAGUCUGCUUCUGUUAA